AUUCCAACGGCACAUUAUGAAAAACAGUCCACAAGCAUAUUCUCUACUAGCUAGAAAUCGUUUGAAUGAAAGUUUCAGAAACUGUUAGAAGAAUUUAAGGAUCUCCAAAGUAAAACAAAAAAAUUUCAAAUAUAUUUUUCAGAUCACGCGUCAUAGAGUCAAAAAGCUUCGGCCAUGAUACUUUAGUUGGUCGAUGUUCUUGGUAUUUUUCGUAUUAUGUGUUUAAUUCGUGGUAAUUAAAAUAUGCAUAAAGCAAUAAAUUAGACUAUAACAUGGAAAAUGUAGAAUUUGAUAAUUAAAAGUAUAUUGCAAUCCUUUUUCAUUUAUUCAAAACUCAUGGCAAUAAAAAGCACAAGUAGCUACUUGAUCAUCUAUUAGCUCUUGUCCGAAUUGGUAAACAAGAAAGAGAAGAAAAAAAAAAGACAACGACUAGCUAGUGAAAUGGGUCUUUGUGUUUCAUACUUUUCCUCUUCCUCUCCUUCCAAAAUGACUAACAACCGCAGUAGAGCAGACUUCUUGUCGACCACAGAGACAACAAACAGCAACGUCGGACGACCGAACCAAUUCUUGCGGGCUGCGAGCGACGGUUCCGGGCAGAUAUUGGAAUCAACAAAUGUCAAACUUUACAGCUUUCUUGAUCUAAAGACUGCGACGAUGAAUUUUAAACCGGACUUGAUGUUAGGUCAAGGAGGUUUCGGUGAAGUUUACAGAGGUUGGAUCGAUGCCAAGACUCUUGCUCCUUCUAUAGCAGGCUCCGGUAUGACUGUCGCCGUCAAAAGACUGAACUCCGAGAAUGUUCAUGAUUUGGAAGACUGGCAAUCAGUAGUUAACGUCUUGGGGAGGCUUUCACACCCAAAUCUGGUAAAGUUAUUAGGACACUGUCGUGAAGGCAAAGAGCUUCUGCUUGUAUACGAGUUCAUGCCCAAAGGAAGUCUUAGUGAUCAUCUUUUUCAACGAACCGAGCCUUUUCCUUGGGACCUAAGGAUCAAGAUAAUGAUCGGUGCAGCACGUGGCCUAGCGUUUCUACACGGCUUACAAAGAACAGUCAUCUAUAGAGAAUUCAACCCGUCAAAGAUCCUUAUCGACUCGAAUUAUGAAGCAAAGAUUUCAGAUUUAGGACAAGCGAAGUUAGGAUCACUACAAGCGAAUCCACAAGUUACGGUUAGGAUCAUGGACAAAUAUGCCGCUCCUGAAUAUUUGGCAACAGGCCAUUUAUACGUUAAGAGUGAUGUAUACGGCUUUGGUCUGGUCUUGUUGGAAAUAAUGACCGGACUAAGAGUGUAUGACCCAAAACGGCCUGAAGGACAAGAGAGUCUACUCAACUGGUUAAGACCAAAACUCUCAAGCAAAGACAAAGUGAAACAUAUAAUGGACAAAGGAAUCAAAGGUCAAUACUCAUCCAAGGUGGCGACUGAAAUGGGACGAAUUACACUCUCUUGUACAGAACCAGACCCAAAAAAACGACCACACAUGAUGGAAGUACUCGACGUACUCGAACACAUCCAACGCAUUAACCUCGUCAUCCCUUCUUCCAGUAAACCUGACAUUGCUAGCUAUUCUCAUUCCUCGCCACGCCACUAUCAGUACUGAUAUCGAGCCGGUGUGUGGGGCUAAACGGAGGAGGUCGUCGCCUGGACCGUUUGAAUAAAGAAAGAAAUGGUUACUUGAUGCUUUUUUAGAGUGAUUUGGUUCAACUCUGUUUUAAGAUGAGAGUAUAUUUAUACUUUGUUUUGUGACCAUAUUUUUAAAGUUAUUUGUGUACAAUAGUGUUUCAUUGUGUUUUUGUAUGACAUACUUAUGACUAUAUUGUUUCCUUGUAUUUUUGUAUGACAUUCAACCAUUCACU